AUGGAGAGGCAGGAGGCUCUGGGGGCUGCUGGCUGCCUCCGCGGGGAAUCCCCGGGAGCGGCACCCAAGGGUGUGCCAGAAGGAGUCGGAGCGGGCGAGGCCGACGCCGGGCCGCCGUCCGGGGUGGUCCCGUCUCAGGGUUCUGGGCCCUCCCCGCACUCCGGGGAAAUCGUAACUUGCGCUCCUGGUUCUAGCCGGCCCACCGGGGGGGUAGCUGUCCUCGGUUCGGGGCCCCACCGGCACCCGGGGGAGGUUGCGGGCCUCAGCGCCGGGCCCGGGACACACCCUGACGGAUUACAUGCCCCCUUCCCUGAAGCCAGUGUGUGCGGGACCUGCAGCCCCGGGUCGGGGGGCUCUGGGGUGUACAGCUGGGAAUACAGUCCAUCGCGCUCCGGGUCAACCUGCUUGAACCUCCACAAACCUUGUGAGGACUGGCCCCGCAGCAUCCUAAAGACCAGCACCACCAUCCUGAUGCAGAAAUCCCUCAGCGCUGAGAAGAAAAAGGCCCAGCGGUGGGAUGAAAUGAACAUCUUGGCCACCUACCACCCCGCUGACAAGGAUUACGGGUUUAUGAAGGUGGAUGAGCCCAGCACCCCCUACCACAGGCUGCAGGACAGCGAUGAGGACAUGCCUGGGGCGGUCUCUCACACAGUGACUCCCCAGGCGCUGGCCGAAAGGUUUGCAACAAUGGACAAUUUCUACCCCAAGGUCCUGCGGUACCAUAAUAACAGAAGUUCAGAGUCUUCAGACAUCUUUUCCAAGACACACUCCAGUGAUUUUGACAAGCACCGAAAGUCACACUACGAUGAGGGAAAGUUCCUCAUGGCUCAGAAAAGCCUUCCCUUCAGUAAGAAAAAGCCCUGCCAUGGGGCUUGCUCCAGUCUGGGCAGCGGCGGUCGGGUCAUGGAGCCCAGGCCUGUGGAGAGAGGCCGGAUGGGAGGACUGACCGGAGAAGUCCAAGAUGAGAUUGGUCUGGUGACCAGGAACCAUGUCCCAGAAGUCAAGGGGGGGGCUCUUAUGGACACCUGUGGAUCCCUGGAUGCCCCAGGCAACCGGAAGACUCAGCGUGAUUGGGAUGACUCCUCAGAUCCCCCUACCUUCAGAAACCUGUCCCUGCCUUCAGCCACCGUCGUGUGGGACCAGGACAUUGAUCAGCAGCGCAAGGAGUAUUAUAGCAAGGGAAGGUAUCUCAGAUGCUCUCCCCACCCAGAGCUUGAGGAGGACACAGAAGACGAGCCCGAGCAGCGGGACAGCUCCGCACAUUUUAACUGGGUGAUUGAGAGUCCCACAGGCACUGAGGUCCGUCUACUGGAGCAUACAGGAAGCCCCGUUCAGGAUCCCCAGGCCUCUGAAGAGUCCCUGGCAGGGACAUCACAGCCUGGGGCUGCCCUGUCCUCCAAAGACAGAGCAGAGUCAGGCUGGUGUCAGUGGGUGAUAUCCAAGGGGCUCAACUGGCGAAGCCCAGAAAGCUUGGAGAAGGAACUUGGAAGCAGCCCACACUCUCCACACCAAAACCAGUGCAGAUACGAAACCCUGCGGAUUCGAUGGACACAGGAGGAGGAAAGCAGACAAUGAAAACUGUAGCCAG